AUGGGGCUCCUGGACUCGGAGCCGGGCAGUGUCCUGAACGUGGUGUCCACGGCGCUCAACGACACCGUGGAGUUCUACCGCUGGACCUGGUCCAUCGCAGAUAAACGUGUGGAAAAUUGGCCUCUGAUGCAGUCUCCAUGGCCUACACUAAGUAUAAGUACCCUUUACCUCUUGUUUGUGUGGCUGGGUCCAAAAUGGAUGAAGGAUCGAGAACCUUUUCAGAUGCGCUUAGUGCUCAUUGUCUAUAAUUUUGGGAUGGUUUUGCUUAACCUUUUUAUCUUCAGAGAGAUAGCUGCUGCUCUGUGGUGGUACUUUGUAUCUAAAGGAGUUGAGUAUUUGGACACUGUGUUUUUUAUCCUGAGGAAGAAAAACAACCAAGUUUCUUUCCUUCAUGUAUAUCAUCACUGUACAAUGUUUACGUUGUGGUGGAUUGGAAUUAAGUGGGUUGCAGGGGGACAAGCAUUUUUCGGAGCGCAGAUGAAUUCCUUUAUCCAUGUGAUUAUGUACUCAUACUAUGGGUUAACUGCAUUUGGCCCAUGGAUUCAAAAGUAUCUUUGGUGGAAACGAUACCUGACCAUGUUGCAGCUGAUUCAGUUCCAUGUCACCAUUGGGCACACAGCACUGUCUCUUUAUACUGAUUGCCCCUUCCCCAAAUGGAUGCACUGGGCUCUAAUUGCUUAUGCAAUCAGCUUCAUAUUUCUCUUUCUUAACUUCUACGUUCGGACAUACAAAGAGCCUAAGAAACCAAAAACUGGAAAAACAGCUGUGAAUGGUAUUUCUGCAAAUGGUGUGGACAAAUCAGAAAAACAGCUAGUGAUAGAAAAUGGAAAAAAGCAGAAAAAUGGAAAAGCAAAAGGAGAGUAA